AUGCCACCGGUGUCUGGUCCAGGCUCCCCUGAGGAGCCGUCUGGCACCAGGCAUGACACAGGCAGUGGUCAAAACCUCAUCAAUGUGCCUGAAGAUCUCUCACUUGAAGAGAGAGAUGAACUGUCCAACAUUAGACGGAGGAAAAAAGAGCUGCUAGAUGACAUUGAGCGGUUAAAGUUUGAGAUCUCAGAAGUCAUGACAGAGAUCGAACAUUUAACGUGUGUCAGAGAGACCAAAAGCACUCAGAGGAACAAGCAGAUUGCUGUCGGAAGAAAGAAAUUCAAUAUGGAUCCUAAAAAAGGAAUCCAGUUUCUUUUGGAGAAUGAUCUUCUGCAGCACACACCUGAGGACAUCGCACAGUUCCUCUAUAAAGGCGAAGGCUUAAACAAAACUGUCAUAGGAGAUUAUUUAGGGGAACGAGAUGACUUCAACAUUAAGGUUUUGCAUGCAUUUGUGGAGCUUCAUGAGUUUGCUGAUCUCAACCUGGUGCAAGCAUUGAGGCAGUUUUUGUGGAGUUUCAGACUUCCUGGUGAAGCACAGAAAAUUGAUCGAAUGAUGGAGGCCUUUGCUGCUCGAUAUUGCCAGUGUAACCCAGGUGUCUUUCAGUCCACAGACACAUGCUAUGUUCUCUCGUUCUCCGUCAUCAUGCUCAACACCAGCUUGCACAACCCUAAUGUCAGAGACAAGCCCACGGUGGAAAGGUUCAUAUCCAUGAAUCGGGGCAUCAACGAGGGAGGAGAUCUGCCUGAGGAGCUGCUCAGAAAUUUAUAUGAAAGCAUUAAGAAUGAGCCUUUCAAAAUUCCUGAAGACGAUGGGAAUGAUCUAACUCACACUUUCUUUAAUCCGGACAGAGAGGGAUGGCUGCUAAAACUAGGGGGAAGAGUAAAGACCUGGAAGAGGAGGUGGUUCAUUUUGACAGAUAACUGUCUGUAUUACUUUGAAUAUACAACAGACAAAGAGCCUCGGGGGAUCAUUCCACUGGAGAAUCUUAGUAUAAGAGAGGUGGAGGAACCAAGAAAACCAAAUUGCUUUGAGCUCUACAACCCCAGUCAUAAGGGGCAGGUAAUUAAGGCAUGCAAGACGGAGGCUGAUGGGAAGGUGGUGGAGGGGAAUCACGUGGUUUACAGAAUAUCCGCACCCACGCCGGAGGAGAAAGAAGAGUGGAUCAAAUCCAUCAAGGCAAGCAUUAGCAGGGAUCCUUUCUACGACAUGUUGGCUACUAGGAAACGGCGAGUGGCCACUAAAAAGUGAGCCGUAGACCUUUCGAGUUCAGGUUUAAUAAUCACUCUCCAAGUGGAAACCUUCACAUGGGAUCCUGAACGUUGCUGGAGGUCACAGACAGAGACAUGAGCUCUCUGAGGAUAAAGAAGGACAAGAUUUAAAAAAUGAUGGGGUCUGUAUAGGUCCUGAGGUAAUGUAAGGGAUGUGUACUAAAUAUUUCUCUCCAAAUGGAUUGUAUGGGGAAAACAAUGAUGGUGAUAAUGCAAUUAUAUGCUGAAUGUGUGUUUGUCAGAAAGAACUUUGCUUUAAGAGGGAUGAAUGAUUCGACUGUGCUACAGUAUCUGCGUAAUUUCAUGUGACGGUCUAAUAUAGAGUAAGUAGCGCCUCCUGCUGCUUACAACAGGAACUGCUAUCGCAAAUUUCCAGGUAUCGUUAUGGAAAUGUUCUCAAGUCAAAAGUCUACAUUUAAGCUCUGGUAAUGUUUAGAUGUGGAUGAAAUGUAUGUAAAUUAUACCAGACUGCUGGUGAUGUCAAUUCAGAAGUAGUCUAUGGAUACAGAAAAUAGAUUGAUAUGGCAGGGAUUCAUGCUGAAUCAUUUUUAGUGCUAUGGUAUAUCAAAUAUUGUCUUAAUUGCAUCAGUAGUUUUAAAUGAUUUUAUUUUCAUUUGUGUCAUAUCAUUAUCAUCCAAAUCAGCCGGACUGGUUGCAUUAAUUGGAAGAGAAAAU